UACAUGCAUUGGGGACAGGAUAUUCUUUUGAAGAGGAAAGGGAUGAGAAAGAAGAAAAGCAGUCAGCUGUGAAAAUUAGGUGGACAAUGAACAUGCCUGGCGGCACCCCAGGGGAGGAGCUCACAGAUGAGGAGAAGGAGAUCAUCAACAGUGUGCUAGCUCGGGCAGCUAUGAUGGAGGCCAUCGAGCAAGAGAGGAUUGAGCGUCUUUCCAGUCGUCUGGAUAAUAUCAAGAAGACAGCGUGUGGUGAUGGAGAGAUGCACUGUCUGCUGUGUGGUGCGUCGUUUGGACCACAGGGGGUCACAGCUGUCCUCUGUGUGCAGUGCAAAAAACAUAUGUGUACCAAGUGUGGAAUUUCAAGCAACAGCAGGACAUGCCCUGUGUGGCUGUGCCAGAUCUGCAAUGAACAGAUAGAGGUACAGAAGCGUUCAGGAGCUUGGUUCUUUAAAGGAAGAGAGCAACUGGGUCUGCCUGCCCCCCUUCCUCUGUCCAGACCUGGACAGUCGAGCACAGAAAACUACUCUACUCCAGCAGGCUACAGUGGAUCACAUCAGGGAUACGAGCGCAUUGCAGGGUCACAGCAGCACAAGUCUUUUGGAUCAGAACAAUGGGAACAGACAGCAAAAACAACAGCUGACAGUUGUAAUGAGGGUCAUUCCCAUCCAGCCGCUGUAAUGAAGACAGAGAGACAUGUGUCAGCCUCCAAACCACCUCAGGCAAACACAGAGCACACAACCCCUAACUCAGUACCUGCUGCAGGUAUGGAGAACCAUCACGCGGAAAGACAAGAAACAUUGCCCCCUCCAGCUGUGGAGGAAAAAAGACCACCUGUUAUCUCUGGCUCUGUUUCAUCUCAUAAGCCUGUCUCCAGAGUUGGUCCACCUGUUAACCCACCUGCCAACAACCCUGCUCCUCCCAGACCCCCACCAGAUCAAACAGAGGAAGACAACAAUGACUAUGACUCAGAUGAUGCCACCACUCUGGGAUCUCUGGAGUUCACUCUACUCUAUGAACAGGAGAACCAUGCACUACACUGCGGUAUUGUUAAAGCUAAGGGUUUAAAAGCAAUGGACUCAAAUGGACUUGCAGACCCAUAUGUUAAGCUGCACCUGUUACCUGGAGCCAGUAAGUCUAAUAAGCUUCGUACCAAGACACUUAAAAACACCUUGAAUCCUGUUUGGAAUGAAACCCUGGUUUACCAUGGCAUCACAGAUGAAGAAAUGUCACGCAAAACCCUCCGGCUUUCGGUGAGUGACGAGGACAAGUUUGGACACAAUGAAUUCAUAGGAGAGACACGAGUGGCCCUCAAGAAACUGAAAUUUAAUGAGAAGAAGAACUUCAGUGUUUGUUUGGAGAGAGUGAUCCCAGUGAAGAAGGCUGUAGGAGGAUCCAUCCGUGGCAUGGCUCUUUAUGAGGAUGAUCUGAAAGAAGUUGAAAACUCAGAGGAGAGGGGCCGUAUCUUGAUAUCAUUGAUGUACAACAGCCAGCAGAGUCAUUUGAUAGUGGGUGUGGUCCGAUGUGCUCACCUGGCUGCAAUGGACUCCAAUGGAUACUCUGACCCGUUUGUCAAAGUAUGUCUCAAGCCAGACAUGGGAAAGAAAGCUAAAAACAAGACACAGAUCAAAAAGAAGACACUUAACCCAGAGUUUAAUGAGGAGUUCAGUUAUGAAAUUAAGCAUGGUGAGCUAGCCAAGAAAACACUUGACAUCUCAGUCUGGGACUAUGACAUGGGGAAAUCCAAUGAUUUUAUUGGUGGCUGUCAGUUAGGCAUCCAGGCUAAAGGAGAGUGUUUGAAGCACUGGUAUGAAUGCCUCAAGAAUAAAGACAAGAAGAUUGAGCGUUGGCAUGUUCUUCUAAAUGACAACACCACUCAGUUUGAGGAUUGAAAGUUAAAAUCUUCAACUCUUGUCUGUAUUUUUUUCUCCAUAUCUCUCUGUAAAAUGUCUUCCAUGAGUGCAGGUAGACAAAUAAUGUACUCUUGCUUUCAAUGUAGUUUGCUGCAAAAUGCUAUAUGAAAGCUUCAUUUUAAGCACUAUUGUUUUUUGUGAUCAACAUGGAUGUUGACCUUUAUGCUUUUUGUCAAAAGGAGUUUAUCAUAUCAUAAACUGUAUCAGACUAUAAACAAAUAUUCUGACAUGCAGUAAUGUUUGAACUGAUUAUCGUGUUUUAUGGACAAGAUAACAGCCCUUUAUUUUCGUCAUCAAGUCAAGUAUCUACAGAACUUACACAUACUGAUAUUGAUAUGUAUCCAUGUCACCUAAGGUCAUGUGUUAUCAUCUGAUUUUCCAUAUUGUUUGGGUAUGGGUGUUAUGUUUUUAUUUUCAUGUGUUGUGGUACAUAUUUAUUCUGCUUUAUGCAUCUGUUAAAUAUUACGUUAGGCACUGCAGUGAACAAUCAUUUGUUUUGCAUGUGACAUGCAGAUAACAUACUGUUUUCCAUAUCUUCAUGGUCGCUACAUCACCUUCUUCCAUGCAUGUGGGGAGUAUUCAACAACCUAAAAUGUUUCUGCAUGAAAUUAUAAUAAUGAUUAUUUCAAAAACAAGUUUAAUUAUGCAGUGGCUGUUAGGUUGACCAGAUCCUAGGAAACUAAAUGUGGGGAAAAGGCACAAUGUGGCCUGUGUGAAUUUGAACCCAGAGACUAAGGGUUAUACCUCAUGUUCAGUUGUUCAGAAUAUUUAAACGGACAACACUGUUCUGUCUAGUAUUCAUCUUUGGAGUUGAAAAGGUGUUCAUCCAUAUAUACUGGCAAAUCUAUUAUUGAUCAUUUUUCUUGUUCUAUUUUUUGUGAGACUUUUAGGAGAUGAGUUUGGUAAACAAGAACUAAUAGAACUAAUUAAAAUGUGUGACAUUGUCUAAAUAUAUGAAUAUAUAGGAAGAGGGAGUUAAGGGCUUAAGUAAGGGUUCCACUUUAUGUCCAGUCUCACAUAAAGUGGAAUAUCUGGUCACCGGAAGUUCUGUUUUUGGAAUAUGAUGAAAUAUUGCUCCACGGGUAUAUCUUAUAUACAUUUGCAGGUUGUUUUCAGUUACAUAUUCAACAUUGUCCUGUCUGUACUGAUAUUGGUGCAUGUCUGUAGCAACACAUGGCUAAUAAAUAAA